AUGGCAACGACGCGCCGAAAUGCGUCGCUCCAGGUCUUCGAGGAUCCUCCGGACGCGUACAAUACAAACAGCAACUCCGACGAUGUCGAGACUGCACUCCUCAAUGCCCUCCGCCCACUCAGCGACGCGUCCAACAAGCAAAACGUCCAGCUGAAUCCGUCCACAACGACCAAACCGGGCUCUUCACCAUCGAAGAAGGACAGUUCUCCUGCCAGGCCUACCAGUGCACAUAGUCUCAAGGAGUACAGAUUCACGCCGCCGCCUCAACCAAAUUUCACCACCGACUCCAUCCAGAAGAACGGUGACUUCUACUCCAUGUAUCACCAAGUCGCUCCGCAGCCGGAGCACCCACUCUACCCUCAACAACAUCCUUAUCAGUCUUAUGAUAAGGAGAACUACUUCGAGACUGGCUCGUCAUUUGGAGACCUGAGUGUGCCUUCAUAUCCAGACGUGGACUAUGGCUACAAGACCUCUCUGAAACGCAGCUUCACUAAUUCCAGUGCUGUCAAGGUGCCUUCGCAAUCGUUGAAGAAGCAGAAGCUGGAAACAGGAGAGCCAUUUGAUCUUCCCAAUCCCGAAGACUUGCCUCACCCAACGGACGAUGGCUCGAAACCAGCUCACAGCUAUGCCGAACUCAUUGGCAUGGCUAUCUUGCGUGCACCAAAUCGACGUCUCACCCUGGCUCAGAUCUAUGCAUGGAUAUCUGACAACUUCGCCUUCUACAGCAAGAACGAAGGCGGCUGGCAAAACAGCAUUCGCCACAAUCUCAGUCUUAACAAGAACUUUGUGAAGCAAGAACGACCAAAGGACGACCCUGGGAAGGGCAACUACUGGGCUAUCAAGCCUGGUGAAGAGCGCCCAUUCCUCCUAGGCAAGAAGCAACCACUUCGCAAGAUCAUCAACCCUGAUGGAUCUCAGUAUGUGCACGGGUUGCCUAUGCCACCCUCAGAUCCUGUCAGCUACCGCGCAGCCAGCACACCAGCCGUGAGCAACUUCACCUUGGGGCCCAAUCCCGUGCGCAAGCUCGAAACCAAGGAUAUCGACUCUGCAAAGUUCCCAGACGAUGCUGAAUUAUCUUCCGAUGGCACCAUCCCAGCGUCUGAUCCUGCCCUGCAAGAGGAUGAGCCCGAAAAAGAUGACAGCGCGGCGAUGCCACCGCCGCCAGUCCUCAUGCGCUCGUCACCUCCGCCGCAAGAUCUCGGAUCAUCACCUCCAGCAAUGCACCGAAACGACACGCCGCCGCCGGCUCCUCGCUUUCCUCCGUCCAGCCGCUCGGGUGGUCAGAGGCGAAAGUUCGCUGGCCUCAACGACAGCGGCUACUGGUCUUCAAUCGAGUCUUCUGCUGCCCGCGGUGCUGCUAAUCAGCUGGCGUCCGAGUCAGACUUGCGCAGUCACCGCAUUAAGAAAGGCCGCGCUGAGGCUGAGAUUGCACGCAUGCGCAGCUCAUCUUUUGACAGCCCGACCAAGGAUGGUAGCCGCUAUCUAGCGCUACCUUCCGCCUUUGGGUCAUCACCUGUACGCAAGGACGACAACCCACUGACACCAGCAGUCGUCUUCAAACGACCUGCGAAGCCUGCGCCAGCUAUCUCACCAAACACAAACUUGCGUGAUCACCGCAAGGCAGUUAGGCAGCUACUUGGCUCACCAGCCAAGACAUACAGCCCAAUGCCAGCACAAACAUGGAGUCCUGCGUUCAACCUGCAGGAUAGCACUCCAGCUGGUCUGACACCGUUCAUCUCGCCGUACAAGCAAGGCACUACACCUUGGCCGGCGGUCGAAGAUAGUUCCGUCUCCUACAACCUCAAUAACGCCGCCUUUGAUGUCUUCCUCGACAUUCCCGACCAAGACAUCGCUGCACGUGGCUCGCCUGAGAAGCGAAGCAACGGUCGUCCUUCUCUUGCACGCGCAGCCACGAGCACUGGUAUCCUUGCCGAUAUCACCGGAACUGCUAAGAGCAAUAACCUCAUGCUACCACCCGCAACUGGCAGCCCUUUCUCCUUCUCACCCUUCCUGACAAAGUCAGGGGCGCUGAGAUCACCGGCGAAACUUGAUUCACCACUAAAGCAAUCGCACAAGCCACCACCGAUAUCGCAGCCUACUGACGACUUCAACUGGCCAGAUCUCACGGCUGGCGGCGAGAAUGCCCCUCUAUAUAUCGACAACAACAACGACGUCUCUGACCUCUUUGGCGUUCAGCUGCACAGUGAUGGCAGCGAAGAAGGCAUCGACAUCUUUCAGGACUUUGGAAAGAUUGGGCAGGCAUCACAGACCUUCCCAGCCCCAGACCGCUCGACUGGCAGCCCAGUCAAGCGGACCAGUAUGGGACCACCAGCACGACCUGCGAUGCACCGCAGCAGUACCAGCCGAUGGUAG